AGAGAGAGGCACUGAAGCUCUGAGCCCUGGGGGUCGUGGGCAGUGAGAGAGGGGGAUUCUACUGCUGCAUACGCUGGGGCCCAGUGCUGUGCUGUGCUGUGCUGAGCUGAGCUGUGCUGUGCUGUGCUGUGCUGUGCUGUGCCGAAGGGAUCUCUGCAUGGAAAAACAACAAUGGAGCCUGCUUGAGAGCUUCCUUCUCAGCCACUCUCUCUCACAUACGCACACAGACACACGCACACGCACAGCCUCCGGAUGAGUUAAGUGGCGGCCAGGGCUCCGGCUCCCCCCCUGAGUGUCCGUCAUGGCCAAGCGCGAGAGCGGCAGCUGCAGCAGCCCGGUGGUGCGGCAGAUAGACAAGCAGUUCCUGGUGUGCAGCAUCUGCCUGGACCACUACCACAACCCCAAAGUCCUGCCCUGCCUGCACACGUUCUGCGAGAGGUGUUUACAGAACUACAUUCCUCCCCAGUCGCUGACCCUGUCAUGUCCCGUGUGUCGGCAGACCUCCAUCCUACCUGAGAAGGGCGUGGCCGCCCUCCAGAACAACUUCUUCAUCACCAACCUGAUGGAGGUGCUCCAGCGGAACCCCGAGUCCUCGCCGCCCGAGGCCUGCAGCGUGCUGGAGUCGGUCAGCGCCGCCGUCGCCGGGAAGCCCCUCUCCUGCCCCAAUCACGAGGGCAAGGUGAUGGAGUUUUACUGCGAGUCGUGUGAGACGGCCAUGUGUUUGGAGUGCACGGAGGGAGAGCACAGGGAUCAUGUGACUGUUCCCUUAAGAGACGUCCUGGAACAGCACAAAGCAGCACUGAAGACCCAGCUGGACACCAUUGGGAACCGGCUUCCUCAGCUCACGGCAGCCAUUGAGCUCGUGAGUGAGAUCUCCAAGCAGCUGACGGAGCGGAAGAAUGACGCAGUGACCGAGAUCAACGCAACGUUCGAGGAGCUGGAGCGAGCGUUGCAGCAACGCAAGAGUGCUCUCAUCACAGACCUGGAGAACAUCUGCAAUGCCAAGCAGAAGGUGUUGCAGGCGCAGCUCUCGUCCCUGCUCCAGGGCAAAGAGCACAUCCAGAGCAGCUGCAGCUUCACGGAGCAGGCCCUGUCGCACGGCAGCGCCACCGAGGUGCUGCUGGUGCAGAAGCAGAUGAGCGAGCGCGUGGCCGCCCUGGCGCGCCACGACUUCCCCGAGCGGCCGCACCAGAACGCCCACCUGGCCUGCGUGGUGGAGACGGAGGGCCUGCGGCGCUCCAUCCAGAACCUGGGCGUGCUGCUGACCACCGCCGCCGUGGGUCACACCAGCGUGGCCACCGGGGAGGGACUGCGCCACGCCGUGGUGGGCCAGCCGGCCACCGUCACCGUCACCACCAAGGACAAGGACGGCGAGCUGGUGCGCACGGGCAACGCCGCGCUGCGGGCCGAGAUCACGGCCGCGGCGGCAUCGGGGCCGGACGGGAGCGGGAGCGGCGGAGGCGGCGGCGCUCGGGCGGCCGAGCCCGAGGUGACGGACAACAAGAACGGCACGUACGAGGUGGGCUACACGCUGCGCGGCGAGGGCGAGUUCGCCUUCGCGCUCACGCUCUACGGGCAGCCGGUGCGCGGGAGCCCCUUCCGGCUGCGCGCGGUCAAGCUGUCGGACGUGCCGGCGUCGCCGGAGGACGUCAAGAGGAGGGUCAAGUCGCCCAGCGGCAGCACCGGGCACAUCAGGCAGAAGGCCGUCCGGAGGCCCUCCAGCAUGUACAGCACCACCAAGAAGAAGGAGAACCCCAUCGAGGACGAGCUCAUCUACAGAGUGGGCUCACGAGGUCGAGAGAAGGGAGAGUUCACUAAUCUGCAAGGCAUUUCAGCCUCCAGCAAUGGAAGGGUUGUGGUUGCCGACAGUAACAACCAGUGCAUUCAGGUGUUUACAAACGACGGGCAGUUCAAGAUGAGGUUUGGGGUCAGAGGUCGUUCCCCAGGGCAACUGCAGCGACCCACAGGUGUCUCAGUGGACAUGAAUGGGGACAUCAUAGUGGCAGACUAUGACAAUAGGUGGAUCAGCAUCUUCUCACCUGAUGGAAAGUUUAAGAAUAAGAUUGGCUCUGGCCGCCUCAUGGGACCCAAAGGAGUGGCUGUGGAUCGCAACGGUCACAUCAUCGCUGUUGACAACAAAGCCUGCUGUGUAUUCAUCUUCCAGUCCAAUGGGAAGCUCGUCACCAAAUUUGGAGCAAGAGGAACCUCUGACAGGCAAUUUGCAGAAAAGAGUAGUGCAAACUUUGCACUGGAACAAAAGCUUAGUAAAUCUGGUGCAGCCUUCAGUCCCCACUUUGUUGCUGUGAAUAACAAGAAUGAAAUCCUGGUGACAGAUUUCCACAAUCACUCUGUGAAGGUGUACAAUGCUGAUGGGGAGUUCCUCUUCAAAUUCGGUUCCCAUGGCGAAGGGAAUGGCCAGUUCAACGCUCCCACAGGUGUGGCGGUGGAUGUCAAUGGAAACAUCAUUGUCGCAGACUGGGGAAACAGCAGGAUACAGGUGUUCGACAGCUCAGGGUCGUUCCUCUCCUACAUCAACACCAGCGCCGACCCCCUGUACGGCCCCCAGGGCCUGGCCCUGACGUCGGACGGCCACGUGGUGGUGGCCGACUCCGGGAACCACUGCUUCAAAGUCUACCGCUACCUGCAGUAGGGCGGUGGUGGGCCCCUGCAGUAAAGGGCCCCUCCACUACGGACAGCACGGCCAACAGGCAGGCCGGCCGGACACGACACCUCACAGGGUGCUGGAGUCUCUCCUCUGCUUUCUUAGUUACAGUACAGUGUUUUGCACACUCCAUGCAGCCACUUGGAUCUCCUGCAUCUGCGAUGAGGACUGGAGGGACACACAACUACAGAUUUUUAUCAAGUUACAGCAUGUGCACUUUCAUUGACUUACUGAUGAAGACAACAACAGGAAGUAUGUAUUUGUCAUGGUGGAUUGGAUUGUAAUGUCAUCGUUAUGUCACAUAACCAAAAAGCAAUCCUACCAACAAAAGCACAGAUGUGGUUUGGAAAAAAAUAACAUGUUAUACAGGUUGCAAAACGUCAUCACUGGGGGUUUUGUGACACCCCAGAAAUGGUGGACUCGCACCCUAUGAGUAGCCAUGUUACUGCAUCAUUCAUACCAAACUGUUCUCUUUAUCAGUUAAUGUCCUGCUCCUUGGGUAAUCCAAAGGGCAUUUUUAUCAUAUCCUAUAACUACAACAGUAAUUGUGUAAUUGAUGUGUAUUUGUAUCUAAAUGCAUAUAUAAAUAUAUCUGUAUAUACAGUAUAUGCAUAGAUGUGUAUAUGUAUAUAAACAUAUAAAUGUACUCUACACAGUCACACAGAGCUACUUGAAGGUCCUUACUACUGGUCUAUAAUAAAACACACUCUUUCACCGUAGAGAUUGUUUCUAUUGUAGGCCAGUGGCCCUCUCUUUACAUGCAGUACAUAUCCUACCCCCACAGGGUCUGGCCUGAUGAAGAGGUCAGAUCAGAUCAGCCGUGUCAGUGUUUAGGGCAGCUGCGUGUAAAUAUGUGCUGGUUUGGGCUCGGGACUGGCCAUGUCCUGGGUGAAGUACUGUACACUGAAGACACACUAGGCUCUUCGCAACGUCUGUCCGCGGACCUUUGUAUCCACGGCCCUCGGCCCUUGUUCCCACUGAUCUAUAAAGAAUGAUGGGGUGGCAACAAUGGGAUAGUCUAUCCAGUGUUCUUUAUAGAUCAGUGGGAACGAGCCGGAGGACCGAGGAAGGAAAGAAUAUGAAGAGCCCACUCUAUAGCACAACAUGAUGCACAUUCAGGCUCUGUGUUGUUUUUGAAACAUAUUCAUCAGAAAGGAGCCAAAAAAGAAAAAGAAGACGUAUUAUUUUUUGCUUUCUUCCUUUUCUACAUGUUCUCUUCUAUAAAUUAUUUUUCUAUUCCCCUCUAUUUGAAAUCGUUUCCUCUCUGCCAAACAUCAUACCUAUCUUGAUGGCAUAUGACAGAUUAUAUGCCCUGCCUAUAAGAACUGUUUGCUUUCAUGUGUCAAGAAAACAUUGCCAAAUGUUGUCAUAGUUUGGUUGGUUGUACCUGAAAAAAUAUACAAACAUGAUUAUCACUAGGUAGAUGUAUGUUUAUGUCUCCCUGUAUAUAUUUUCACCAUAUAUAUAUAUAUAUAUAUAUAUUAAAAAAACAUAUGUUGAUUCAGUAAUUAAAGUUAACAGUGUGGCAGAAAAAACACACCAGCAAUGUGCCAGUAUUGUUAUUAUGAUAAUUAUUAUUUAUUUUUAACAUAUCCCACAGUCGUUGUUUUCACAGAGCCUCCUUGUUCUGAUAUGAUUCAAUGCACGCUUACCACUGGUUUUGGCCAGGACUUGUUUGAAAAAUCUGGAAACAAACAAACAAACAAAUAAAUAAAUAAAUACACGCAAUUUAACAGAUAAACACUGCAUUGUGUUCUUGUACAAAAAGCUGCUGGUAGACUAGUGGUAAUCCAAAGGCUAACUGCAGUAUAUACACAUAUAUCCAUGCAGGUGUUCCUCUCUUCUUUGCAUGUCGAUUAUGAUUUAACCAGCUGUUUGGCCGCAAGUGGUGAACCCUUUGUGAAACUAGCUACCAUAUUAGACCAGCGGGGUAUACUACGAAGCGAGAUUUGUCGGGUGUUGAGCACAAAACCAGAAAUGAAUUAAAAUUUGACAGAGGCAUUCCUGGUGGACUUCAUUACUUUGAAUUUUCUUUUCUGUUCAAAUUGUUUGCUUUAAACUGUAAACAGAAUGGCAAACAACAAGGCAAUAACCAAAAGCCUUUGUCUCUGCUUUCUUGCUUUGUAGUAUACCCCUAAGGUGCCACUAUAUGGCACUACUGCUGGGUGCUGUGUUUUAUCAGUAGCUGUAUGUGCUCAAAUAACCUCUCUUAUCCGGAGUGUUGUUUCCUUUUUCUUUUUGAACAAAGCAUGAUAGUAGUGAUUGGUCUGGGAAAACACAAGUAAUAAUUUAACACGGAAUCGAAUCUGUCGAGAAGGUUGUGUAUAGCACACAGAAACUCACUUGAGUGUUCAACUUCCUUUGGCUGAUUACCAUUGUGUGUAAGAGAUUGUAUAUAUUAAACACUUGACAAA